AUGAGUGGCCAGGAAGGAAAGGAUUAUAAAGUGGCCGCUGGAGCUGCGAAGGAAAUCAUCAUCCCACCAGAUAGCUCCCUUCGAGUACCAGCCAUGAGCGACAGCUACACCUUUAAACUCAAUAACGCACUCAGCUCCAACCGUAGAUUGGUGAGAUACGAGACCACGGUGUACAAGAACCCGAAGGCUACGAAUCAGACUCUGCACAAGGCAACCUUGUUUGUGACGAUAGCCGAGACUUAUGAUCAUACUGGGGUGGCGAGACCUGUGGAAGUUCCCUUCACGGCUGAAGGAUAUCGGACCGCACAAGAGGCCAAGGACGAAGUAGCAAAGGUCGCUACACCAUGGUUGCGAGAGCGAAACUUGUUGCCAUAA